AAAAAACUGGAAAACCGAAAAAACAAAUAGAAAAAACUGUAUGAGACUGAAUACCUCAAUAAAAAAAAAACUCUGAACCCGUGGUUUUCAUUGCGACGCAUAUAACACUCUUCUUAUCCCUCUCUGGUUUCGUUAAUUUCGUUUUUCCGAUUUGGUUUGUUGCAACCGCUGAUCAGAGCGUUAUUUCAAUCACUCUGUGCAAAAUUCAAUCGCCAUGGCCGUCGAUAUCUUAACCUUAGAAAACAGGUAUAUUGAUUCUUGCAGGAGACAUGGUGUUUUGCCUCAUGCUGCUAUUUUGUCAAGCUUUUUCAAGGCUGAGGGCAAAAAAUCCCACCAAGAGCUGAUUGUCCUGGACAUUUUAAUUGACGAACUUAAGGAUAUUGAUUUUGCUCCACUCUUGGAGAUAUGCACGAGCCUUGACACUACUGAAGUAGAAGCUGUUGAUGUACACAAUGAAUCACCAUGUGUAUUAAGUGGAGAAUAUGUAUUACCGUUGAUGCGUGCUGUUAAGCAAAAGCUUCGAAUAGUUGAACUACGGGAUAUGUCAUUUGCAAAAGACUUCGUACGAGAUAUCUCACAAAGAGGUUUGGCAUGCCAAGUUCUGACAAUAAGGUCUUGGCAUUUUCGGAAAUUGAGCUUGAUGGGGGAGUUCAUCCACAUGCACACACUUAAUCUUGAUUUCAGUUCUUACCUUACCAGUUUCGAAGAAGACUGUUUUAAUUGCAUGCCAAAUCUAACGUGUCUCUCAAUGUGUGAAACAAGGAUUUCAAAUCUUUGGACAACUAUUGCAGCUCUCUCUAAGCUUCCUUCUUUGGUUCAACUAAGGUUUCAAUAUUGGCAGUAUUGUAAUGAUACGGGAACGUCUUUUACCUCAUCCAGUGGGAAGUCAGAUGCCACUGCUGAUUUUAGACAACUUGAUAGAGUUCCUUUUAUUGGUGAAUCCCGCAUUGAUACAACGGAACUAACAGAUCUUAACAUUAGUGUUGAGGAUCCACUUAGAAAUGUUUAUUCCUUUGAUGAAGUUAUGAGUUAUGAUGUUCAAAGCAUGGUUGAGGACUCAUCAGAUGAUAGUGAAAUUGAUUUGACAAAUCAUCAUCCUAGAAACUGGUUGUCAGAUGUUUUUCCUAGGUGGGGUUUACAAAUGCCUCCUAAGAGCGAGAAUGAAGUAGAGUCAUCGAGCAGGUCCUUUACAGAAAAUGGUGUUGAUGUUUCUAUGAAAUAUAUGUCUCGUCACGCGUCACCAAUAUGUCAACAAAAACAUUACAGAGAAUUUAUGAUAGCUUCAUUACCGAAUCUGAAAAGUUUAGAUAAUCUGCCUAUCAGAAAUAUUGACAAAGAAAGUGCUGCUGGAAUAUUUUCUCAAUACUUUGAAUAUCUUCCAUACAGAUGGAAGAGCAGAGAGAGUGUUUUAAGUAUCUUACACAAGCGAGAAACAAAAUCAGGCCGCAUUAAGGUGCAAUCUUCUAAGUGUCGCCCAUCACAUCCUUCUGGAACGUCUCAACAUUUUUAUACUAGGUCUCUUUCUGCUGCUAAACUGGGGUCUUCAACUUGGCCUUCCUUACAUCCCCUUUCUGUAUCAGGAUUUGAUUUAGAUAAGGGCUUUCGUCCAAGGCAGUUUGAGUAUCACCCAUCUGACUCCAGCUUGAUGGUCUUUGGAACUUUAGAUGGCGAAGUAGUUGUCAUUAAUCAUGAGAGUGAACGCAUUGUGAAUUAUAUCCCAUCACUUGGCGCAAUGAAUAGUGUCUUGGGUCUCUGUUGGCUCAAGAAAUAUCCUUCUAAGCUUAUAGCAGGUUCAGAUAAUGGCUCCCUGAAAUUGUAUGACAUCAACCAUAUACCAAGAAAAAUUACUGGAUUAUAUGGGAACUCUGGUUGUGUUACCUUUGACGAAUUUGACCAGUUGACAUCUGUUCAUGUUAACGCUACGGAUGAACUAUUUCUUGCAAGUGGUUACUCAAGAAAUGUUGCUUUGUAUGACAUCAACAGCGGAAAGCGCUUACAAGUUUUCACAGAUAUGCAUCGCGGGCAUAUUAAUGUAGUCAAGUUUGCAAAUCAUUCCCCGUCAAUUUUUGCUACUUCAUCAUUUGAUCAGGAUGUCAAGAUGUGGGACUUGAGACAGAAACCAAUACAGCCUUGCUUCACUGCUUCUAGCUCUAAAGGAAAUGUCAUGGUCUGUUUUUCUCCAGAUGACCAAUAUAUUCUAGCAUCGGCAGUUGAUAAUGAGGUUAGACAAUUUCUGGCUGUUGAUGGUAGGCUUCACUUAGUUUUUGAUAUAGCUCCAACUGAAAGUUCUCAAAAUUACACCCGGUCUUAUUACAUGAAUGGAAGGGACUACAUCAUCAGUGGAAGUUGUGAUGAACACAUUGUCCGUAUUUGCUGUGCUCAAACAGGGAGACGCCUGAGAGAUAUUUCCCUGGAGGUAUGCCAAUUAUCUAAUUUACUUAACUGGCAACCAUCUCUAAUUACAAUCGAUGCUUUGACUAUUGUGCUUUUAUUCAUUGCUCCAUAUUAUUGUGAUUACUUGUUUACUUCUAUGCAGGGUAAAAGCUUAGGAAGAUCCAUGUUUGUUCAAUCUUUGAGAGGCGAUCCUUUCAGGGAUUUCAAUAUGAGUGUGUUAGGAGCCUACAUGCGGCCUGGCUCCAACUCUGAAAUUGUCAAGAUCAACUUACUAGCAUGUAAUGGCCGUGCCAAGGACGACUCUGAUGACCAUCCUGUAUGCCCAUCAAACAUUAUGGGAGCUUGAUGUACGACUUUGUAUGUAUUAUAUGGCGAUUUUAAAUUGGUUUUUACUAGAAUAACAAUUAUAACAUUAGUUAAUUAGUGCGGUGAGCUGAAAUUUACCCACAUGUAAGUAAAUCAGCGAAUGUUAAUGACUCAAAAGUUAUAGUGAUCAGAAAUCAAAGUUUGUAAAAUCUAAUUUCCUAUUGUAAUAUGAAGAAACUGAUUUUCUCGUGUGA